AAUGGUAUGUGACUGUUUUGCGCGUUGAUAGGAUAGUGUGAGCAAGUAAAGGAUAAAAACAAUAGUUAAGUUGAAUAUUGCUUAUUUAUUUCAUCAUGGGAUUCAAAGAAGGCCAGUUGUUUUUGGACAGUCCCAACGGAACAUAUUAUUCGGGCCAGUCAAUUCAAGGGAAAUUAAUAUUUCAAGAAGAAAAAGUCAAAAGUUUUCGCGGCUUGUACGUGAAAAUAACAGGCUUCUGCCACGUACAUUGGACGACGAGUCGCACUCGCACGACGAAUGGAAAAUCCGAGACAUAUACGGUAAACCAUGAUUCACACGAGGAGUACAUCAAUGUCAAAGUGUACAUGCUUGGUGGCGAAGCAGGAGAGUAUACAAUCCAACCAGGUAAAUAUGAGUUCCCAUUCCAUUUCCGCUUACCUGACAACUGUCCGUCGUCGUUCGAGGGGCCAUAUGGUCACAUACGAUAUGAGAUCAAGGCUGUUGUGGACAGAGCCUUCAAGUUUAACCUCGAGAAGAAAGUAAUGGCUAGAGUCAUGGCACCUUUGGACCUCAAUCUUGAUCCUUAUUGUAGGACGCCAAUAGAGAUGGAAUUACUGAAGUCGUACUACUGUUGCUGCGUGAAUUUGGGCUCAUCGAAUGUCACAGUGAAGCUGCCUAUAGGUGGCUACUGUCCUGGACAAACCAUACCCAUAAAAUUAUCCUGUAGUAACAAGGGAAGGGUUGAGAUAAAGGACAUUAAAUUGAGCAUUAUUAAGAAAGUGACGUACAUAGCAACAUGCGAACCUGGUAAAGAAGAAGAACAAGAUAAAGUAGUGGAGAUAAGGAAGGGGCCCGUGGCCGCUAAAACCACACGAAACUGGACCGUGGACAUGGUAGUCCCAAUAGUGGACGUGUACAAUCUCUUCACGUGCCAGUAUAUACGGGCGGAAUAUACAUUUAAAGUGCACGUAAGUCCUAAAGGAUGCCACACGAAUGUGGGGAGUUCCCGUCGAAUCGUUAUCGGGACCAUCCCUCUAACGGGAUUUCAGGACAACCAGCCACCAGUAUUCCAUCCAAUCCCCGAAGGCAACCUAUCCGGUGUAAACACCUCUUACCCUACAGAACCUCAUCGGGAAAAUCCUCCGCCUUAUCCUGGCAACUCGGAUAAUCCUCAAAACCUACCAUACGAUACAAAGUCGAAAGCUACGCCGAGGCCCGACAACGCGUACGUUGCAGCGACUGCGCCUGCAUUGGACUCACCCGACAUUACUCUCCCUGAAAAAUAAAGCGAAGAUUCCUGAUUGCGGCAGAAUUAUUUCCCAUGGCCUCGCCAACCUCUCGGUUACAACUUACAUGGGUCAAGAAGCGGGAGGGGUCUUUAUUCUAAGCGGGAGGGCACCCGCUCGCUACUUCAUCUUCCCCAGACUAGUAUUUAAUAGUGAUAAAUAAAUAACAAGUUUUUUUUUUUAAUUCACUAUUCACAAUCACGCCUGAUGGAAUGUGAUGAUGUUACCUAAGAUGGGACGUGUUUACCUAGAAGAUACCUAUUCACUCUCGUUUUUUUUUCAAAGAUUAUUAACCAUGCUAAUCAUGACUAAUAGGUACUCCCCUUUUCUCCUCCAAUUAAGCAUAAAGCUUGUGUCAAGAGUGGGUACGACAAUAGUGCAACGGGUGGGGUUUGAACCGCCGACCUUUCGGAAUUCAGUCCGCUCCACAACCGUUGAGCUAUCGAGGCUCUAAGUGAUGUGUGCUUGCUCUUUGGCUCGUUUCCCGGGACGCCUUCUUGACUCUCUACAAGUUCUUUUCUUUCUGCUUCCUUGUUCCUAUAUCUCAUUCUCGCAGAGGCAGACGUCACACUUAUAAAUAAGUUUGUGGCACUUAGGAUUUAGGAAUACUUACAUAAGCUACAUAUUAAACAUAAAACCGGCCAAGUGCGAGUCGGACUCGCAUA